AAGAUUGUUUUUUCUAAGGAAUAUAAAUAUAAAAAAAAAAAUCGCGAAGCAAAUUUUCACUUCAAUCCCAAAUCUGAACAUUCGAAACCCAUCAUAUGUGCUUUAUAUCCGACAAUUUGAUUGAUUAUCUCGAUUUGCUUAUAUUUUCUUCUCUGUUAUUUCAAUUUUCAAGUGUACAAGGAGCGAGACAGGGGAGUUGAAGACUCUGGGAGACGAGAGAGUAAACACAGAAUGUCUGUUAUGGCGGCUGCCAAUUCUCAUAUUUUCUCCAGAGAAUUCUGUCACAAGGACCAACAGCAGCAGUUUUGGAUUGGUGGGAGUUGUUUGUUAUUACAAAAGAAUGGUGGGUAUAUUUGGGUUGACCGUAGAAACAAAGACAGCAUGAAGAAGAUUGUGAAGAGGGAUUGCAGAGCACAAGCCUUCUGGCCUGCUUCAAGGCCUGCUUUUAUAGAGAUGGAACCCAUCAAUGAUUCUGAUCAUCUCGAUCAGAUUCUUCAGAGUGCUCAAGAGCUCUCACAACCCAUAAUCAUUGACUGGAUGGCUGCUUGGUGCCGCAAAUGCAUCUACUUGAAGCCUAAAUUGGAAAAAUUAGCAGCUGAAUAUGACCCCAAAUUUAAGUUCUAUUAUGUGGAUGUUAACAAGGUACCACAAGCUCUAGUGAAGCGUGGGAACAUCACUAAAAUGCCUACAAUUCAGCUAUGGAAAGAUGGAGAGAUGAAAGCAGAAGUGAUUGGAGGGCACAAGGCAUGGCUUGUAAUUGAUGAAGUCAGAGAAAUGAUCCAAAAGUUUGUAUGAUAAUGUAUUGCUAGUUAAGAAUAUUUUCCCUUUUGUUCAUGUUUAUAUUGUUAUAUAUAUAGGUUUCCUUGUUUUCAGCUGCAAUCAUGUCGACGUCCCAUACAACAUAGUAAUCUCUGGUUAAGAUGUAGAAUUUUAAGGCUGCAUUUUCUUUC